AAUGUAAUUACGUCAUUCCGUUGCACGUGGGUGUGGUUUAGUUUGCGCACGCACGUCACUAGAGCGCAGUCUCACUCGGGCCUUGUUGACGUUCGGUUUCAUACCUUUGCCGCUCUCAGUCACGAUGCCGACUAUUAAACUGCAGAGCUCUGAUGGAGAGAUGUUUGAGGUGGAUGUGGAAAUCGCCAAGCAGUCUGUGACUAUAAAGACCAUGUUGGAAGAUCUGGGGAUGGAUGAUGAAGGAGAUGAUGAUCCGGUUCCUCUGCCCAAUGUGAACGCUGCCAUCCUGAAGAAGGUGAUUCAGUGGUGCACCCAUCAUAAAGACGACCCUCCUCCUCCUGAAGACGAUGAGAAUAAAGAGAAGAGGACGGAUGACAUCCCCGUGUGGGACCAGGAGUUCCUCAAAGUAGACCAGGGCACCCUCUUCGAACUCAUUCUGGCUGCAAAUUACUUGGACAUCAAAGGCUUGCUAGACGUUACUUGCAAGACGGUUGCUAACAUGAUCAAAGGCAAAACCCCAGAGGAGAUCAGAAAGACUUUCAAUAUCAAAAAUGAUUUCACAGAGGAAGAGGAAGCCCAGGUACGUAAGGAGAACCAGUGGUGUGAAGAGAAGUGAAGAUCCUGACACUUUAAUACUACUUUUUUGUUUUGUUUUUUGGAACAAUAUGUAAUUAAAAAAUUGCACUGCACUGUUCAUAUUUGUUAAGAUUUAACAUGAACCAACGGAAAGACUCCCUUGUGAUUCGCUAGCAUGGCCAUCCUCUUUGCUUCUGUGCUGUAAAAGCCUUUUUUAAUGCCCUCGGUCUUCACCCGUGUAGAGAAAACGCUCCUCUUUCUACCAGGCUUUAUUUGAUUUGACUGGCAGCUUGUGUUUAGUGUUCUUGAGAAAGGAAGGUUUAUCUCCAGGUUUUCUGGCAGUGUAUCCGUGCUGAUGAAAGCUCAGUGUUGAGAUGUUGUGAACUUGAAGUGCUCGUGUCUGCUUCCACUUCAUCUGCUCGCCUCGGUGUAUAGGACUGAGUCUUUCACGCUUCUGCUCCUAAACGGCAGGCCAUUAGGAUCAUCAGUCUUUUAGUUCAAAAAAUAAAACCAGAUUAUUGUCAGCUGUC